GCGUUUGUUAGACCCUGGCGGUCGACAAGACUUUUUCCGAAACCGAAAUCGCUAUCUUGCCUGAAUGAAGAACGAUUCGACUUGAAAAGAGUUUGGAUGUUUUACAUCAGUGUUUGACCAAAGUGAGUGACAGCGCCAUUUAGUCUCCGUCUGUAGGACGAUAGAGACCUAGGCAUAACACUUAACAUUGCAAAUAUGGACGUUUUACCGAGUGGAAAUAUAUUUCGGGAAUUACAAGUGGUCCAUGAUACCGGGUACUUCUCCGCUCAGCCGUCAUUGGAGGACCGAUGGCAACAGAACUGCCUUGAAAUGGAGCGUUACCUCAAAAGUGAGCCUAAACUGACCUCCUUCAAAAAGAUCACCAAGGGAUCAGGAACCCCCUGGGAGGGCUGCUUCCCGGCCAAUGCUCUGUCUGGGUCUUCACCCCCGGAGAAAUUUCUUAGCCCCAACAAUAUAAAGAUAGAAUACAAGGAGGAAGACGAUGAAUCUGAGAUUCCAGAACCCCUAUAUCAACAAGAGGAGGAUGACGAAAAUGAUGAUGAUGACGAUGAAGAUGAUGAUGAUGAUUAUGAUGAAGAUGAAACUGAAGCCAAAUUGGAAGAACUAGCAGCUCAUUUAAAUUUGAAUGAUCAGCCUUCGGACACAAUUAGUUUGCACAGUUUUAGUUCAUCAUCCAGUGGUGUAUCGUGGGAUAGCAACAACAGUGACCCCCCUUUGUCUCCCAUAAUGCCAAAAUCAAAUGACCCUUUUGCCCUUAGACUUGUUGCUCAACCAGGUCGUACAACCACAGUGGCCGUAAGACUGAAUUCAGCAGAGAUGAUAAACCGCCACCAGCGCAUUGCUUAUGUAGCUGGUCCCAAUGGCCGUAUGCGUCCAUACACUGCACAACCCCAGCAGCGCCCACCACUUCCUGUCAACGGGCGAAUACGAACUGAGGUCAGUCCUGACCUCCGGCGUAGAAAUCACAAAUGUCCCUACAGUGGCUGUAAAAAAGUCUACACAAAAAGUUCUCAUCUAAAGGCACAUUUACGGACACACACAGGUGAAAAACCAUACAAGUGUACAUGGGAAGGCUGUGAUUGGAGGUUUGCACGCUCAGAUGAGCUCACACGACAUUAUCGUAAACAUACAGGUUCAAAACCAUUCCGGUGCAAAGUGUGUGAGCGGUGUUUUUCAAGAUCGGACCAUUUAGCAUUACAUAUGAAACGUCAUCAGACUGCAGACUUAUAGCACUUGUGACAUCUAGGCAUGUAACCAAGGACACUUGCUACAUCUAGGCAUGUAACCAAGGACAACUAGGCAUGUAACCAAGGACACAUCUUGUGCUUUAAUUGUUCCACGUUUGGACAUCCUUAAGCUUUUGGAGGUUGAGAUUCUCUGAUUCAGGAUCAUCUCGAAGUUUGAAUUUACGUUGUCGAGUCAUUUUAAUGCUUGAUUUGUACGUUACCAUUGUGAUACGAGAUUCUGUUGUAACUGAUCUGACAAUGUACGACUGAUCAUUUGUAACCAACACCUGUUUUUCUAUGUUUUCUAUCAAUGACGUAAAAGUCCCUACUUUAGCCUUCGUGAAUAUGGAGAACUAUGCAUUUGAUUUAAUUAUUUUUCAUCUUUUUCAGAAUCAUGUAUUUCAUAUCUUCAACAUUUGUUAAAAUAAUUUACAAUUUGCCAAAUAAUGGUGUUUCUAAUAAUCAGCUAGAUGCAUGUGUCCUUACAAUGAAAAUGUAUUCUACAAAAGAUAAGCACAGUUAAAUUUUUCAUAUAAUGUGUUAUCACUCAAAUUCAGUGGAUUGUACUGAAAAGUGAAGUUGAAUUGAAGCACAUGAAGGUGUAGGGUUUUAAAUGUAUCUACCUCUGAAACACCAGUCUACUUUUCAUUCAGAAGAAUGUUGUGUCAUAAAAAUGAUAAUACAUUUACCAAAACUCUAUAGCUUAGUCUACACACACAUCCAGUGUUUCAGAAGGGUUAUAGUAGCAAAUAGAAAGUGGGUAACCGUGGGAUAUGUAAACUAGGCUAGGAUUGCAAUUCUAUUGAUUUUUCGCCAGUAUUUCGUUUAACUUCAAUAGAGGUGAUGAUAUGGCCUGUUAUAAAAUGCAAGGAUAAAUCUACUUCAAUCUUUUAUUGAGGGAACCAUCAAUGAUGAAGGUUGUUAUUUUGUAUGUUACAAGCCUAUGUCUCUAAUGUCCAACAGGAUCCAGCCAGCGAAGGAGGUGACUGAUGUACAGGGCUUAGUUUUUGUUGCAUUAUCCGACCAGUCUCAUCAGAUUACCUCUUUACUUGUCACAUAGAACAUUGCAAUUGUAUAAAACUGGAGUCGGUGAUAUGAUACAACAUUUGACUGGGUUAAGUCGCUUAUGGGAUUUAUAUCAGUUUAAGUAGUAGGUUUUGAUAAUUUUACCUGAGAAUGUGAAGCCCUGGACAGUUAAACAAUUAUAUGAUCAUGCAGUCCACAUCUAACAUUUAUAUGUAAACCUUCUGAUAUCAUGUUUAUCUGACGUUUGUAGGACCUUCUGUUAAAAAGUCGCUAACUCCAUUAAAUGGUCCUCCUGGUCUCUGUUAGACAUUGUUAACUAUUUUCAUGUUUCUGUGUUGUAUAGGUAUCAGUUUUAUUAUUUCAGAAAGUUACUUUUUGUUUAAUAAGUUAGUGUUGAGCCUUGAACUACUUGGCUCUACAACCUAAUGACCUGUUUGGAUGUGAUUUCAGGCUCUGUUGUCUAACAAUCUUUGUUCUAUACGUACCUGUUACAUGUACAUUCUUUGCUAUCUUUAUACUAGAUAUUUUUGUUAUAAGGAUCAUUACUUGAAUCAUGACAAUUAUCAGAUAUAUAUAUAUAGUGUAUGUCCUACAGACAUACUAACAUCUAAGUUUGCCUUUGUUUGUAUAUGUUCAGUAACUGUGAUAUUGAAGGGGAUCAAUCCCUUAUAUACAUAUAUUUAAUUAUACAUUAUAACAUUAUCUUGCCUUAUAUGACUAUAAAUUGUGAUGGCAAUCUUUUCGUGUUUGACUCUCUAUUAACAUGAUGUAAAACAGUAUCUAGAGGUAUAUUGGUAGCAACAUUGGUUUUUGGAGACUUUUACUAUAAAAGAUUGCCUGAGUAUCACAACCAUUAUUAUUGGUUACUCUUUCCUUUUUGUUGGCUGGAAUUCAUUUUUUUAAUUGAAAUAGUAGACCAUCCAACUUGAAAGCUCAAAUUAUGAUUGACAACAAAUGAAUUCUGGCUAACACUUUACCUGUAAGUGCUGAUAUCACUGUAACGACUGCUGUUUCUCAUGUGAAGGUGAGAUCUGUCUAAUGUUUUAGUUCUUUGACUUUUACACUGUGCUGAACUUUGACCUAAAGAAGUAAAUGUAUCUUGAAAUACUUAUCAUCUGUAACUUCUAAAUAAAUUUAUGACUUUUUUAAAUGUCAACCAUAUCCUGUAACCUUGGCCUCUGUACCAAUGACUAUGGUUGUCAACCAUGUACUGUAACCUUGGCCUCUCUAUGCAUGACUACGGUUG